UUUAAAUAGACUACCACACGGUGGAGCACAGCUCCGUCAAACUUUGUGCUGGUUUAAACCCUGAACUGGAAAACAAAGUUAUAUAUUCCCAAAGAGCGCGUAGCCUAUUUUGAUCCACUUUUGGAAAACAAAUUCCUCAAAGAAACAAGUGACUCUGCCAUCAACUUUAAUAUAUUGUUUGCCAACUCAGAACCCCACAUUUUUCAACUUUCCUAAAAAUGCCAAGCACAAAUUAGCUCUUGUUCAAUCCACUGCGCGCACUUGUGUAGCGAAAACGGAUUGCGAUGAUCGUGUCCAACGUGAGCUUCAGCGGCUGCACGAGGGCCAAUAGCGCGCUUUGUACGGGUGCUGCAGACAGGCACCUGGAACACAAUUUAUCCCGCACCACUCUCAGCCCGACCGGGAACCUGAUAGUCUCUGUGUGUUUGGGCUUUAUUGGUACCUUCGGAUUCCUCAACAACCUCCUGGUUCUCGUCCUCUUCUGCCGUUACAAGGUGCUCCGCUCGCCUAUCAACUUGCUACUGAUUAACAUUUCAUUCAGCGACCUGCUGGUGUGUGUGGUGGGAACUCCGUUCAGUUUCGCCGCAAGUACACAGGGAAGAUGGCUCAUAGGAGAAAGUGGGUGUGUAUGGUACGGCUUUGCCAAUUCAUUAUUAGGAAUCGUGUCCCUCAUCUCCCUUGCCGUGCUCUCCUACGAGCGUUACACUACCAUGAUGGGUCCAACCGAGGCCGACUCCACCAACUACCGGAAGGUAGCCUUGGGCAUCGCUUUCUCCUGGGUCUACUCACUGAUGUGGACCCUGCCACCGCUCUUCGGCUGGAGCCGCUACGGCCCCGAGGGGCCCGGCACCACCUGUUCCGUGGACUGGAUGGCCAAGAGCGCCAACAAUGUCUCGUACAUCAUCUCGCUCUUUGUUUUCUGCCUCAUCGUCCCCUUCCUGGUCAUAGUCUACUGCUAUGCUAAACUGAUGCAUGCAAUCAAACAGGUUACCGCCAUCAACACAGCUAUGAGCAGGAAGAGGGAGCAGCGAGUUCUCGUCAUGGUGGUCGUCAUGGUGAUGGUGUAUCUGAUGUGCUGGUUGCCGUAUGGGGUCAUGGCCUUGCUGGCCACCUUUGGACGCCCGGGCCUGGUCACCCCCGAGGCCAGCAUCGUCCCCGCGAUCAUGGCCAAGACCAGCACGGUCUUCAACCCUGUUAUCUAUAUCUUCAUGAACAAGCAGUUCCACAGGUGCUUCCGAGCGCUGCUGAGGUGCCAAGAGCCUCAGAGGGGUUCCAGCCUCAGGAACUCCUCCAAGGCACCGCCCAAAGCCGUCCGAGGCAGUGCCCGCAAAACCAACCACCACAACUUAACUUUCAUGGUUGCCUCCCUUGGGCAGCCCACCAGCGUCGUCCCCCAGCUGGGGAAUGAAACCCUGGACUCAGCCGCCCCUGCUUACUCUGACAUGUUCAGGCCCACCAUUGUGUCGCUAGUGGCCCAUUACAACGGCGGCCUGGGGCCGUCAGGGGUUACAACCCCUAGGAACCAAUUACAGGGAGGGGAGGAGGAUCCAGAGGGGCCGUCAAAGUGGAUUUAGUGAUGCCAGUAUGAUGGACAGCAGGCUAUAAAAUCUGAAUGCCUCCGGACUCGUUGGAAGUGGAGCCGCAGGAGCUGCUAGUGCAUCUUGAGGAAGGACAUCAAUCUGUCUGGGUCUGCACAAGCUUAUACAUUCUGUCGCCGUUAACGAGCUCAAAUACGCCUAUGGACCGAGAGUGGGGAGAGAAUGGUGCGAAGAACCCCUAUUUAUUUUGUGCAAUUUCUAAUGUUUUGUAAAAUAUAUUAGUUCCAUGACAUGUCGAUGUGAUUUCACCCUCUGUCAGUGUACCUUUAUAGUGCAAAAAACAGAGAGAGAUGAAGAGUGUAUUUUUGUAUUGAGCGGAGAUUGGAGUCACAGAUUGAGGGAACUCAAGUAUUGUAUUUCAAGUAUUUUCAGGAGACACAUUUCAAAGGUGUGAAGAUGACAAAGCGCUCAGAAAAAAAUAAAAACACUAAAGGUAACGAGGAAAUUGAACUGUUAAUGAAUUUUGAGCAUUGAUCUAUUGCUGAAUUCCAUUUUCUAUCAAAUAUUUUUAAUUGGUUUCAUCACUCGACACUUAAAACGUAUUCAAGUGUAGCUAGUCACACGUUACUUGUUGUAUAUCAUUUGUCAUAAACAUAGGUAGCAUGUCUGGCAUGUAUAUUUCUUCAUUUUAUGUAAAUAUGCAAAAAAGUACAAAAAACUACUUAAAACGUAUCACCAGGUGAUAAAAUGUGGAGACUGGAGGUCCAGGGUACUCUUAGAAAAAAGGGUUCCAAAAAGGUUCUUUGGUUGUCCCCAUAGCAGAACCCUUUUUGGUUCCAGGUAGAACCCUUUUGAUUUCCAUGUAGAACCCUCUGUCUGAAAUUUCAGGCUGUCUUUUCAAACAGCUCUUACACCAAACUUGGCAUUAUCAUCAAUUUCACAGUAUUAUUCCAACCUCAUAGUGUGAAAAUCAUGUUUUUGAUUGCACUGGGCCUUUAAACAUCUUUACAGCAUUAUGAUACAAUAGUUUGUUGCUUUUCAUGUGAAAUAUGAUUGCAGCUUUUAUGAUUUAGGCCUAGGAUUAGCUAGGUGUCGAGACAGAAUGUGUCUUACUGUAGACAUGGUUAGAUAUCAACCCACUAAAUUAGAAUUGCUAACGUUAACAUGGGUGUUAUUCGCCACCCAUCAUCUUGAUUGGCGAUCAGAAAUUACCCUUUUUAUCACUACCACUGCAUCCCUGGUUACAUUUUUUUUGCCAGUUUGUGUUACCCACAUUUGGUCAAAACAAGGGACCUACAAUGACGUGAAAUGAUUGUAUUACACUUCUGUCGCAUUGUAUAAUGCUUCAAACAGCGCAGGCCUCAUCUAUUUAAAAAGGACUUUGAAGUUAUCAAUAAAAAGGUCAGAGUAAUUACCUGGAAAUUAUACAGUUAUAAUCUAUGAAUUACUGCUAGCUACUUCUACUGCUAGCUAGUUUGUUUACUUUGACUAAUUGGUCUAAUUUGAAUGUCAGUUAAGUUCUUUGGCACAUCAAACUAUGAAAAUAAUCACGUUUACAUCAUACCCAAUUGGGUCUGAAGAAUGUCAAAGUGCAUGGCUUGUUAUGACAUGAUGGUACAAAGAGAAAGUAGAGGAGUCGUAAGUGCAUGUGAUCAUAUGAGUUUGUAUUACUAGCCUUGAGUCUUACAUCAUUUACUGUAGGUGUUGGACCCCAACUUUUGAGGUUAUACCCAGUGCUUCUGGUGGAAAUUAAAAUGUGGAUUGGUGCAGCAGUAAGCAGUAAGGAAGCCCAAUGGCCCACUUCAUGUAUAGUGAGUGCUGUAUGAACAAAGCACACUUUCUGAAUUAUUUUCAUUUUAACUGGAGCACAUUCUUGUUCAAAUCUGAAAAACCACCCGGUAAACAUAUAUAUAUAUAUAUAUAUAUAUAUAUAUAUAUAUAUUUAUAUUUUUUUUCAUUUUUUUUUCAAUUGAAUCUUUAUUUAACUAGGCAAGUCAUUUAAGAACAAAUUCUUAUUUACAAUGAGCUGACAGGAGUCACACUUUUGCAUAUUGUUUGAAAUGUGUUUGUUUGCUUUGUGUUGAGGUUUAUAUUAAAAUCAGAGAAGUUGAUGUUACAUGAUUUUUUUUAUUAACAAUAGAAUGGUUAUGUAGGAGUUAUUAAAUGCUGGAAUUGACCACGGUGAAUAUGUGUAACCAUUUGUAGUGGAAUGUUAUCUCACUGGGAAAAAAAUACAUUCAACACUGUACAUAUAUAUAUGUGUCUUUAACUAACUGACCACAGAGACUGUUAACUAUGGACAGACCAAUUACAGUACCGUAAAUUCCGGACUAUAAGCCGCAACUUUUUUCCCCACGCUUUGAACCCCUCGGCUUAAACAAUGACGCGGCUAAUAUAUGGAUUUUU